AUGCAGUCGCGGGUGCUGUGCCUGGGCGGCGGGGCCGGGGGCCCCGCUGCGCGCAGGGUCCGCCUGCUCCUGCGGCAGGUGCUGGGCGGCGGCGCGGCCGCGGCGCGGUCCGGCCGUCUGGAGGUCAGGGCGCUGCACGGCUCAGGUGAUACUGUCACUAUUGGAGAUGUGUCUUUUAAACUCAAAACACCGAAGAACCCAGAACUUGUUCCACAGAACUACAUGACAGAUUCUUUGGCCCAGUCUGUAGUCUACCAUUUAAGAUGGAUAAUGCAGAAAGAUGUCCUUGGCCAAGAUGUCUUUCUUAUUGGUCCUCCUGGGCCUCUCCGGCGAUCUAUUGCCAUGCAAUAUCUGGAGCUAACAAAGCGGGAGGUUGAAUAUAUUGCACUAUCGAGGGACACCACAGAAACUGACCUCAAACAGCGACGAGAGAUCCGAGAUGGUAGUGCUUUUUAUCUUGAUCAGUGUGCAGUUCGUGCAGCUACUGAAGGCAGAAUCCUUGUGCUAGAAGGUUUGGAGAAGGCAGAGCGGAACGUCUUGCCCGUGUUAAACAAUUUGCUGGAGAAUAGGGAAAUGCAACUUGAAGAUGGUCGUUUUCUCAUGUCUGCAGAGCGUUACGACAAACUUCUGCAGGAUCAUACAAAAUCGGAGUUAGAUGCAUGGAAGAUUGUUCGGGUUAGUGAAGAUUUUCGAGUGAUAGCAUUGGGCCUGCCAGUACCUAAAUACUCUGGUAACCCUUUGGAUCCACCCCUUCGCUCUCGAUUUCAAGCUAGAGACGUUUAUCAUCUGCCCUUUAAGGACCAUCUUCAGCUAUUAUAUUCAAUUGGAUCAAACAUUUCCACAGAGAGAAUUUCUCAGCUCCUGUCUUUUGGUACAACUCUCUGCUCUCAAGAAUCUUCUACAUUGGGACUUCCAGAUUUUCCUUUGGACAGCUUAUCGGCUGCAGUUCAGAUUUUGGAUUCCUUUCCUAUGAUGUCAGUCCAGCGUGUUAUUGACCGGCUUUACCCCUAUAAUGUUUUCCUUGGAAAGGAAGGCAGGACUGCAGUCAAAGAUGCAUUAAAACGUUUUGAGCUUCAAGAUGCAGAAAACCAUUUGCUUCCCAGAAGGAUUACAAACGUAGAAAGUGUACAUGGAAACAAACCCUUCAGGGCUGAUGUAACUGUCCAGAUUGGUGAAAAAGAAGUGACAUUCCAGGUUCCAGCUGGGACUGGGCUGUUAAAAAAGCAUCCUCGAUCAGAUACUUUCGUAAGGACUUCCAGCCAUAAUCAACUGUUGGCAGAAAUGAUGCAAUCCCAUAUGGUUAAAGAUAUGUGUUUAAUUGGAGGAAAAGGCUGUGGCAAAACAGUUAUUGCUAAGGAGUUUGCUGAUAUACUGGGAUACAGCAUAGAACCUAUCAUGCUGUACCAGGAUAUGACGGCUAGAGAUUUGCUACAGCAAAGGUAUACUCUUCCUAAUGGAGACACUGCUUGGAGACCAUCGCCACUUGUUACUGCUGCCCUGGAAGGAAAGCUUGUUAUUCUUGAUGGCAUUCAUCGAAUUAACCCUGGCACUCUAGCUGUACUUCAAAGACUAAUACAUGACAGAGAACUGACUCUCUAUGAUGGCACCAGAUUGUUAAGGGAAGAUAGAUAUCAAAACUUAAAAGAAGAAUUGCAGAUCUCUGAUGAGAAACUACAGGAAAGGUCUAUCUUUCCUAUCCAUCCUUCUUUCAGAAUAGUGGUCUUAGCAGAACCUCCUGUCAUUGGAAGUAGUACCCAACAAUGGCUAGGUCCAGAGUUUCUGACGCUGUUUCUUUUUCAUAAUGUUCGAUCUUUAAGCAAGAGUGAAGAAGUUGAAGUUAUUAAAGAAAUGAUUCCAAAUGUACCCAGUGUUGCUGUGGAGCAGUUGUUGUCAUUAACACACAAGCUUCGGGAGACAAAUGAUGCCACGGCACAGUCACUGGCUUCAUCUUUAUCUACUCGACAACUAUUGCGAAUUUGUCGUCGACUGUCACAACAUCCAGAUGAAAGCCUUUACUAUGCUGUUAAUAAAGCCUGCCUUUCCAGGUUUUUACCAAACCUUGCCAGAUCAGCUUUACAUAAAAAUCUGCAGGAUUCUGGUAUUGAGACAAGUUCAGAUGACAUGAAACUAGAGGAAAAGGAUUACACAUGUGAAAUAAACAAUGGGAUUCUGAAGAUAGGGUCUGUGACGAUGCCAAUUUAUAACUCAACCGAGAAGAUGAAAGUGCCUGAUGUUUUGUUUUAUGAAAAUGCACAACACAUGAUGGUAAUGGAAGAUAUGCUAAAGGACUUUCUGCUAGGAGAACAUCUUCUUUUAGUUGGCAAUCAGGGUGUUGGGAAAAACAAGAUUGUUGACAGAUUCCUUCACCUUUUAAACAGACCCAGAGAGUAUUUACAGCUGCAUAGGGAUACCACUGUACAAAGCCUUACCCUACAACCUUCUGUUAAAGAUGGUCUUAUCAUAUAUGAAGAUUCACCACUGGUAAAAGCAGUGAAGUUCGGACAUAUUUUGGUGAUUGAUGAGGCAGACAAAGCACCAACAAAUGUUACCUGUGUCUUAAAAACUUUAGUAGAAAGUGGGGAAAUGGUUUUGUCAGAUGGAAGGCGAAUUGUUGCCAAUCAUGCUCAUGUAGAGAGGAGAGAAAAUGUAAUAGUUAUUCAUCCUGAUUUUAGAAUGAUAGUUCUAGCAAAUAGACCUGGAUUUCCUUUCUUGGGUAAUGACUUUUUUGGCACAUUAGGGGACAUUUUUAGUUGCCAUGCUGUUGAUAAUCCCAAACCACAGUCUGAACUGGCUAUGCUUAGACAAUACGGUCCUGAUGUUCCAGAGCCAAUUCUUCAGAAACUGGUGGCUGCUUUUGGAGAACUCAGGAGCUUAGCUGACCAAGGAAUUAUUAACUAUCCCUAUUCAACUAGAGAAGUUGUGAAUAUUGUAAAACAUUUACAGAAAUUUCCAACUGAAGGACUGGCAAAUGUUGUUCGAAAUGUAUUUGACUUUGACUCCUACAACAACGAAAUGCGUGAAAUUUUAAUCAGCACUUUGCACAAAUAUGGGAUACCUAUUGGAGCAAAACCGACCAAUGUACAGCUGGCCAAGGAACUGCCAUUACCAGAUCAUAAGUUUAUGGGCUACUGGAAAGUCAAUCAGCCAGGGAAUGCACAACAGAAACUGCUGUGUCCAACAGAAACUCAAAAAAUAGAUGUAAAGGGCCCUGUGUACUUAAAUAUUCAAGGAUUUCCACUGGAACGACAUGAAGCCAGGUCCCUCAGCUUCACAGAAGAACUCGCUUUUUGGACACUGCCUUUGGGUGAAGUUAACUUAGUUUGUGAUGUCACAGUAACAAAAGAAGAGGAAGCUGAAAAUGUUCUUUAUGUUACUACAUGCAAUCCUGUUUCGUUGUACUUCAUGAACGUUUCUAGUAAGAGUGGAUACUUUGUGGAUCUUUAUGACCUCUUCCCAAGAACAGUUGGAAGUGUGUGGCAACCUUUUGUGACUGUGGCACCGCUGGGAAAUCCACUCAAAGGUCAAGUGGUUCUACAUGAAGAGGAGAGCAAUGUUGUGUUGUUGCUGGAUACAAGCAGUGGUGCCCUUCGCCGACUUUUGCUCUUACCAGAUGCUCAAGUGUCUCCUAAGAGAACAUCUUGGUGGAGCAGCAAAGAAGAGACGAGCAACUACAAAAUGUGCCGAGAGUUUUCACACAAAAACUGGCUGGUGUUCUACAAAGAAGCAGGAAACCGCCUUAUUGUAUUGGAUGUAUUAGAGGGUCAAACUCAUACCAUCUUGCUUCCGAUCAAUCUGAAAUCUGUUUUCCUGGCAGCUGAAGACCGGUGGCUCUUGGUGGAAAAUGAAACAAAUCAGAAAUUUCUUUUAACCAAGCGUGCCCAUAUUGAAGCUGAAGACAGUGAGGUUUGCCAGCUGUAUGCAUUGACUGAAGAGCCAGCUGACAUGGGAUUUGGCUUAACAACGGCGUCAGAACUGUGUGUGCCGCAUGCAGUUUCAAGUGACCAGCUAUCUUCAGAAAACCUCACUGCAGCUGUGGGACAAAAGAUCAGCUCCCCCAACAGGAUUUUCUCAGAUGAACAUAAUUAUGCUACUAUUGUUAUUGGUUUCCCAGACCUCUUGUCUUCUAGUGAAGUGUAUAGCUGGAAAAGAAACUCCUCUCUCAGUCGCAAACGUGCUUCUCCUUCUGAUCCAUUUUAUUAUGGAGCCCGGAGGAAAACAGGAGCUGCAAAACAAACCAAUUGUGUAACUUUAUUGGCUUCUAAUCAAAUAGUCAGAAUUUUAGCGCCUGGAGAUGUGCCUUUGAAAGACAUUUACCCAAAAGAUGUCACUCCUCCACAAACUGCCGGAUACUUGGAAGUAACAGAUCUUAACUCAAAGAAAAUCAAAUACAUUGCUAUUCCUAGAUCACAGUCUCUCUCUCCAUAUACGUCUUGGCUCUCUAAGAUCUCGGAUGCCGAUGCCCUGUUGGCACCACUGGGCAAAGUAGGUUUGGUUACUGUGGACAUGGGAGGCAGUGUGAGGCUUUGGGAGACCGGGCUGGACAGCCUCCAGCGGUCACUGCAGGACUGGAGGAACAUGAUUGGCCAAGAAGAUAGUCGUCCUGUCCAGAUAACCAUUCAGAGGGACAGUGGUUUGGAUGUCAGUUCCCCCAAACAUGGAAAAGUGGAUCCAGACAACAUGCCGCAUGUUGGUGGAAAUACUUGGGCUGGUGGAACAGGUGGGAGAGACACUGCUGGGUUAGGUGGCAAAGGUGGGCCCUAUCGACUGGAUGCUGGCCACAGGGUUUACCAAAUAUCUCAAGCUGAAAAGGAUGCUGUUCCUGAGGAGGUUAAGAGAGCUGCUCGAGAGAUGGGUGAAAAGGCCUUUAAACAGAGACUGAAAGAGAUUCAGAUGAGUGAAUAUGAUGCAUCAACUUACGAAAGGUUCUCUGGAGCAGUCCGACGUCAAGUUCAGUCACUCCGCAUCAUCUUAGACAAUCUGCAGGCCAAGGGUAAGGAAAGACAAUGGCUGAGACACCAAGCUGUUGGAGAGCUAGAUGAUGCCAAAAUCAUUGAUGGGCUGACAGGAGAAAAAGCCAUAUAUAAACGACGGGGGGAACUUGAGCCACAACUUGGGAGCCCCCAGCAGAAACCUAAACGCUUGCGCCUGGUGGUGGAUGUUUCUGGUAGCAUGUACCGCUUUAACGGGGUGGACGGACGACUGGAACGCUCCAUGGAGGCUGUCUGCAUGGUCAUGGAAGCUUUUGAGAAUUAUGAGCACAAAUUCAAGUAUGAUAUUGUUGGACAUUCAGGAGACGGCUUCGACAUCACCUUGGUUGGGAGUGACAAAGUUCCCAAGAACAAUAAGCAAAGAUUAGAGAUUCUUAAGAUCAUGCAUGCCCAUGCUCAGUUCUGCAUGAGUGGAGACCAUACCUUGGAAGGGACAGAGCAUGCCAUUCGUGAAAUUGCCAAGGAAGAGGCUGAUGAGUAUUUUGUUAUCAUCUUGAGUGAUGCAAAUCUGGAGCGAUAUGGUAUUCAGCCAUCAAGGUUUGCCCAGGUCUUGACCACCAAUGCUCAAGUCAAUGCUUUUGCCAUAUUUAUAGGAUCCUUAGGAGACCAGGCAGAUAGGCUGCAGAGGACACUACCAGCAGGUCGGUCUUUUAUUGCCAUGGAUACCAAAGAGAUCCCCCAGAUUUUGCAGCAGAUCUUCACAUCUACCAUGUUGUCAAGUGCCUGAGCAUCACUGAUGUCACAGUGCGUGAAUUCAAAGAAGAAACUCACUCCUGCUGGAGAUCUAAACCCUAAAGCUGAGGAUAAUCACAGUUAUUAAUAAAAUACGUACUGUUCUCUAAUCAGCAAAGCGACCCAAAUCUGCAUGACAGCCAGGCUGUAAAAUUUCACCCAAAAUCUCUCAACCCACUUAGCGUGUUCAAAGAAUUGCAGCGGGGCAGAGGUAAAUCGCAGGGUGGUAACAGAGCGAGUGUUUUUCUGGAGGGACAAAUAAAUAAAGGACAGUUUGUGAUCACUCCUCUGCCUGCCUUGUUGCCAGCACUACGGUAUCAUCUCUCCCUGUUUUAUUAAGCACGGUUCACUGGGAUUUGAUAAUAUUAUGCAAGGCAGAGCCAGGCAAUCUGUUUCAGUGUUUUGUGUGCAUAUGUUUGAAUGGGUAGUUAGCUCCGUCUCUGAUUUAAACAGGACUGCUCUUGUCAGGCAGGAAACCCUUCCUUCCUCUGCUGUUGCUUUCUUGUCCGGACGGGCAUCGGGGCUUCACGGCUGGAUGCUGGGAACAAUGGAGCAGUUUGGAAACACUGACCGUCGCGUGUAAACAUUCAUUAUCUGAUCAGGCACGGUACUCAGAGUUGUCAGAUCUAGAGAAAGUGGCUGUUAAGAAGGAAAACAAAACAAAAAUAGAUUCGUGCAGUUCUGCCUCUGAAAAGUAAGGGGAAAGGGUCAAAACAGUCUUAAGAACCCAAGAGCCAGCGUUUCCAAGGAGGGAACUACUGCCACCUCUCCUUUGCAUGACCGAUGAUGCUGUCCCACUGCACUGUUGCCCAGAAUCCCUGGGAUGGCCUCAGUACGCGGAGGUGCCUUUUCAGUCGGGAGACAAAAUGUUACUAAUGCUUUGCUAGAGCUCCUUCAUGAUCUGUUUUGCUUGCGUCUUUUGAAGAUGAAACUGGAGGAGAGAUCUAGGCAUGAGAAAAUAAGUUCUUUCUUAUAAAGGAAGAGGAAAAAAAUCUAUUUUUAUUUUAGCAAGAUAUCUGUGUUGGGGUAUAUUUAAUAUCCAGGAUAGUUAUAAAGACUUAUUUUAUAAUUCAAUCGGCUGAUGUUUGGCUUGUCCCAUGAGGCGAUAAUUCCUCUUUAUCUACUAAGGAAUAGAUAUCUUGUAGUGCAUCAGGAACACUGGAAUACUUGAUGAAUUGAAUGUAUGGUUUAAUUAAGCGGGGGCAGGGGGUGUGCAUCAUCACUGAUACUCUGCUGAUAUUAAUUUGAGGGUAACUGAAUAGAAAAAAGUCAAGGGAGAGUACUUACAAAAAUCUGAAGGCGGAAUUGCAGUACCUCACCUUCUAAUAUUUCUCUUAAUCCCACAGUUGCCCAAACCACACUGUGAGCAGUAUAUUUGGAGGGGAGGAGGCAAAUUAAUUUGAUCUUGUUAAAUACAGCCGUUGGUGUUUUAAAGGGUCCAGUUUCUAGUGGUCAUUCUCUACUCUGCAGCAAAAAUCUUUACCAGAGCAUCAAAAAUGUCCCGUGUUUAGGAUGUGUUUCAAAGCCUGGCCAGCUUCGAAACUCUUCAUGGCAAGAGAGGACGGAAGACGUUUUUCAAAGGCUUGUUAGUAUUGUUAUGAUAACUAUAUAUGUGAAAACAGAGGUUGAAAAUACAAUUCCUGUUUGGAGAGAAAGGAAUUGGGAGGAGAAGGUUGAGAAGGUUAUCCCUGGCUGGGACAAAUGCAUGUACACGCACAUACACACAGACGCAGCUACUAAGCGGAAGUACGCCUCAAAAUAUAAAUAUCUUGGUCCUGUAAACAUAUGAUGAGAUGCUAAAUGCAAUAAAGAAUUGGCAUAUUAAUAAGUCUGUUAGUAAAUGUGUUUUUACAUGGAAAUUCCUUCAGCACCUCUGCUUUUAUUGCCAGCAGUCCUUCAAAAAGAAGCAUUUUAUUACAGUUAAUUAGCAAAUGUACUGUACACUUUCUAGAUUACUUGAGUGGAUAAACUUUCUCACCUCAGAUUUACAUGCAGUAUAAUACUGUUAUCUUUAUCAUAAAAAAGUAGUGUUAUUUAAGGGAAACUCUAAGGUAAAUCCAAUUUUAAACCUGUUGUUUGAUUAUCCCUGUAAAUUGUAUUUCAUGUCAUGCUAUUUAAAGUUACCUUUCUGUUGUGUUUGGUUUUAUUCUUUGUUUCAGGAGAUGUCUGUUGUGUUUCAGUUCAUGUUUUGUGGGCCCACAGGCUACGGCCAU